AAUUGAAAAGGAAACUUGAUUCCCAUUUAUCGAGUUUUUUAUCAUAGUUUUCUAUGUUAUCUGUCAUUCUUGAUUAGCCGGCUGUUGGAAAAAUUUAUACAUAUCUAAAUUUUUUCGAAUUUGAGAAAUAAUAAAAAUGGUGAUAGUUACUUCGUUUCUUCAUCCUGAAUCGCCUAUUAGAUUUGCCGAAAGAAAUGUCCGUGCUUAUCUGGACAAAAAAGAUUUAGGAUAUGGUAUCUUAUACAUAAGUGAAAGGACUCUUAGUUGGCAAUCAAGAGAUGAUAAAGGUUUCAAAAUAGAUUAUCAAGACAUUUCUUUACAUGCAACUUCCAAAGAUCCUACAAUUCAUACACAAGAAUGUGUUUAUUUAUUACUCGAUAACUGCUUGUCUUUACCAGGUCUUGAGCAAGGUACAGAAAGAAACGAAGAAGCUGAAAAUAGUAGUGAUGAUGAAAAAUCAGAAGCCAAUGUGUCAGAGCUUUUAUUCAUACCAGAAACUAAUGCAUCUAUAAUGGCUAUAUACGAAGCCAUUUCAGUAUGUCAAGCACUCAAUCCUGAUCCACAAGAUGUAGAAGAUGAGGAUGAGGAUCACCUGUACGAAGAUGCUAAUGAAGAUCAUCUUUACGAGGAUGCUGAUGAAGAUAUGGAAGAAUUUCAUGAAACAGAAGAAGGAGAUAUUCAAGCUGGAGGAGAUGCAGCCGUGGACAAUCUAGCACGUAAUUUAGGACAGAAUAACAUAAACGAUGGAAACUCCCAUACACACUGUCAUAAUGGAAAUGGAGAUAUAGAUGAUGAAGAGUUUGAAGAUGCUGAUUGAAGAUCCUUUGUAUUUGUUCGUUAAGACUCAUCCAAUUUUUGUACUGUAUUAUACUUGUUUUAUAAGUUUUUAUAGCAUUACUUGAUUCAAAAUAUAGACAGACCAUUGUAAUAAUUAUUCAUAUACUUGAAAAUGUAUUAGCAUAUAUAAUAAAUUCAAUGGUUCUUCA